CACUAGCUCAUUGUUUUUUCACCAUAUACAUAAUCGAAAAGCUUAGCAAGAAGUUCCUCCUUUGCAAGCUUUCAAGUUCCACCUAACCGGAGACGGAGUGAACCACCUCCCGCCGGCACGGCCUCUAUGGAAAAGUUUUCUCCACAAUAAGCUCGAUUUUUCAUUCAGAAAUCAGUUCAAAAUCUAGGGUUCUUAUUGGAGGGAACAAAUUUCAUGGCGACAACUCUCAUCUCGAAACCUACCCUUUCCUCUGCUUUCCUCGGCCAACAACUUUCGAGUAGAGGAAAUUCAAAGAGGUCGGCACCCUCUGGUUUGUUUCUCAGGGGCCCAAGAUGUGCGGCGACGGAUACUCCUUAUGGAGGUAAUAUUCCGCAAUUUCCUCGAGUGAAUGUUUGGGAUCCGUACAAACGUCUUGGAAUAAGUCGCGAUGCUUCUGAGGAAGAAGUUUGGAGCUCACGCAACUUUUUGUUAAACCAGUAUUAUAAUCACGAGAGAAGUGCAGAAUCAAUUGAAGCUGCCUUUGAGAAGAUAUUAAUGGCAAGCUUCAUAAAUAGAAAGAAGACAAAGAUUAACUUGAAAACAAGGCUAAAAAAGAAAGUCGAGGAAUCUCCCCCUUGGGUUCAGAACCUCCUCAGUUUUGUGGAACUUCCACCGCCUGUAAUUAUUUUGAGGAGAUUAUUCCUCUUUGGAUUCAUGGCGUGCUGGAGUGUGAUGAACUCUGCUGAAGCUGGACCUGCAUUCCAGGUAGCUAUAUCUUUUGGAGCUUGUGUGUACUUCCUUAAUGACAAGACAAAGAGCGUAGGAAGAGCUGCUCUUAUAGGGUUUGGAGCCCUAGUGGCUGGUUGGUUUUGUGGUUCACUGUUGGUUCCCAUGAUCCCUCCAAAUCUGUUGCAACCAACUUGGAGUCUUGAACUCUUAACAUCUCUCUUUAUUUAUGUCUCCUUGUUUCUGGGCUGUACUUUUCUCAAAUGAAGCUCUACAGAACCCGUUUUGAUGUAGCAGUUUUUACAUGUCGCAUCCUGAUUAAUUCAUGGUGUUCCUUCAGUGUUUUGUACCUUCAAGAUCAUUAUAUUGCGAUAGGAAAUUGUUAUCGAGCUACUAGGAGUUUAGAUCGAAUUCGUGUCCUCCCUUUAUUGCUUGAAUUUUCCAAUGAUGUUGUAAGUGAUACACAUCUGGCUUUUCUCGUUUUCCUUUCACCAAAUUAAAGUAAAAAUUAAGCGAGAGAA